AAGAUCGAGAAAGGACGGUUCUUUUAUACCUCAAUUGAAAGAACCACAACACCACAUUACACAUCAUAUAGUGUGUUGUCGAGCAGCAUUCGAUUGCAACUUGCUUCUUUCUUUGAAGAUGGCGCGAAAGCAUGCAUUCCGUUUCGACUUUGCAUUUCAGAUCUAAGCCUGAAGAAAUGUCGAUGUUCGCCGGAAUGAAUAGGGUUUGACUAGCUCAGGCCUCAUCCUGAGCACUGCCAACUCGGCUUCUAGGGGUCGCUGACGGGACCGGACCCCAGCUGCACCCACCAUGACUCCCAGGUCCUCCACCAUGACCCCAACCAUGAAGCAGUGGAGGCAGCUGGUUCUGGUGGUGAUGCUGGCCUGGCUCCUCAUCUUCCUGGCCCUGCUCUCCCACUUCCUGGACCCCCGGGAUGUGGAUCUCCGCUCGCCCUCCUCGCUCACCCACACCGAGACCCGCCGUCUGGCCUCCAUCCAGGGUAGUCCAUCGGGCAUCAGGGCUUCUCCUCUUGAGGUGACAUCCUCAUCUUCACCCGCCAACCAGGAUCACAGCCAACAGGGAAAAAAGGAGGCCCUGGAGCUGAGCCAGAAUGGUGACUUGGUGGUCUGGAAAAAGGUGAGCGACCAGGAGGAGAGGGUGUAUCAGGAAAGGGAAGAGAAGAUAAGGAGGGAGAGACUGAGAAGGAGGAGGAGGAAAGGGAGCAUGUCCAGGGCUGAGCAGCGGGGCAGAGACGGCUACUAUUUAUCCCAGUCCAAGGUAGUGGUCCAGCAGCUGCGAAGGGGCAUUGCCUCAGCGGGAAUGCUCGCUCCACACCUGCAGAAGUCCAUGAGGGACUACCUGAAUCUCAACAGGCAUCACGUGGCCUACAGGGGGCGGCGCAGGGGUAGGCAGAGCGGGAGGGAGGUACUCUGUGAACUGAAGGAGCAGGCCAGGUUGAGGACACUGGAUGGGACAGAGCAACCCUUCUCUGGGCUGGCCUGGGACAGGCUAGUGCCCCCACGACCUCUGGAGCAGCUUUGGGGCCAAGGGUCAAAGUUCAAGUCGUGUGCGGUGGUCACCUCGGCCGGGGCUAUCCUCAACUCUUCCCUAGGGAGAGAAAUUGAUUCCCAUGAGGCUGUGCUUCGCUUCAACGCUGCUCCUACAGAGGGCUAUGAGAAUGAUGUGGGCAACAAGACCACCAUCCGCAUCAUCAACUCUCAGAUACUUGCCCGGCCCAGGCAUCGCUUCACCACCAGCUCUUUGUAUAAGGGUAUGACACUGGUGGCCUGGGAUCCUGCACCGUACUCCGUGGACCUGCCCAGGUGGUACAGGAACCCAGACUAUGACCUGUUCACCCCGUAUGAAGAGCGCCGGCGGCUCCACCCCACACAACCGUUCUACAUCCUCCACCCCAAGUUCAUCUGGCAGCUGUGGGACGUGAUCCAGGGGAACACCCAGGAGAACAUCCAGCCUAACCCCCCGUCCUCUGGGUUCAUAGGCAUUGUCCUGAUGAUGUCGCUGUGCGAGGAGGUCCAUGUCUAUGAGUACAUCCCUUCUCUGCGUCAGACAGACCUGUGCCACUACCACGAGCACCACUACGACCCAGCCUGCACCCUUGGGGCGUACCACCCCCUGCUCUUUGAGAAGCUACUGGUCCAGAGGAUGAACAGCGCCUCCCAGCACGACCUCAAAACCAAGGGCAAGGUCACGCUGUCGGGGUUCAGCGCGAUCAACUGUGGGCCAUGACCCCUGACCUUUGACGACCUAUGGCCAUCAAGAGACAGAGAGUGCCGAUACUAAUCAAGCGACUGAAGAGGCUAAGUUGAGUCAGCACUGUCAUCCGUGGGCCAUGAUCUGGCUUUAGACCUUUGACCUGGACUGCUGUCUGGAAAAUCAGGAUGAAAGUGAAGAGGAGGAGAGUGUUGCCACUACUAAUCAAUCUUAGGCUGUAGAGGCUAAGCGAGUGUGCUCGAGAACUGCCUUUGUCACAAUGGAUAGUGUCAAUUGUUGAAAGGAGAGGGGGGGGGGGGGGUUAGGGAAUGUGGAUAUCAUGUUGUAUUGUGUAAUGAAGUAGUCCUUCAGGGAUGUAUUCCUACUGGAGAGAUGGGUCAUCUUUUUUUAAGGUAUUGUUCUUGUGACACAAUGUUGUACAUGAGAGAGGUCUGGGUAUGAAUGUGGAAAAGUGAUCUAUAGAUUCAAAUAUUGAACAUCGGUCAAAGGCAUGUUUUUGAUUCAACGAAUGAGGUGCAUUGUCAUGUUUAGAAACAUUGAAAUAGAGAAUUGAAAACAUGCAGUGUAAAGGGUUUACUUGUGAGGGUAGGUUUGAAUUUAAGCAGUUCAAAAAGCAUGUUGUGUUCCUUUUGGUAAAAAAAAAAAUAUUGCAGACCUCAUUUGAGAAAUUCAGGGAUAGUAGUGUAUGUAGGUCUAUGAGGGAAAACAACCACUUUUCACUUUUUUGUUGUUGUUGCAUGAACCAGUCAACCUAACCACUGAUCUGUGUGUAUGUGAGUAAGGAACUGAAACGUUCUUAUCAGUGUUCUCCUGUCCUCUGUACGUACGCUAUUUAAAGUUACUGUACCUCAACGACCAGAUGGUAAAACUGACAGCAGUUACUUUUCCUGGCCUUGAUAUGAUUCUACAGCCACACUGUAAAUAUAAUGUAAGUGUGGUUUGUUUGCCUGUAGAAGUCUGGUCAAGUCUAAUGCAAUGAAUGUAGCUAUGAAUAGUUUGAGGCACAUUUAUAAAAAAAAAUUAAAAACAACCUUUAUUUAACUAGGCAAGUCGGUUAAGAACAGAUUCUUAUUUACAAUGAUGGCCUACCCUGGCCAAGCCUGGUGUGCGCCGCUCUAUGGGACUGUAGUGACGCCUCUUGCACUGAGAUGCAGUGCCUUAGACCGCUGCGCCACUCGGGAACGCAGCGGUCUAAGGCUUUUGGCAAUGGUGAUAUAGACUUGAUAAUGUGCCAAAUGUUCCCUGUGUGAAGUUUACUGUUAGUUAACACUACGUCUUCUAGGAGUUAACCACUACAAAAGCAAAGCAGAGGCCUCAGCUUGGAAUAAUAUAAAUGGACAGAAUGUCCUUACGAUGAUUCACUUGUUUGUUUAUAUUGGGAAUGGAAUGCAAUAGAAAUGUCAUUUUUCUUUUGAAUGAUUUUUUUUAAGAAGUGUUUGCUGAUCUACUGUUGAGGGUUAAACACUAUAAUAUUCACACCUUUUGGGAUCUUUAAACAAAAAUCAUGUUGUUUUUACAGAUCAUUUUCUAUAGCCAGAAUCAGUUUGUACUGAACAUAAUUUGUUAGUUUGUAUAAAAUGUGUAUUUCUUUUCCAUUGUUUUCUACUUAAACUGUUGUGAAUAAAGAUAUUGUCCUUGCCUUGUGA